CGCACGCCGGUUUCGGUACCACCCCUGCGUGUCACUCACACGAGAGGAGAGGGGGAUUCAUCAGCCAUUCAUGUUCAUGGAGUUGCUCUGCUGAGCUCGUUGUUUCCUUCCGGCUGGGCGUUUCUGGGUUCUCCCUCUGGUUCCAGUCAGUGGUGGGAGAAGAUGAACUACCUCAGGAGCCGGAGCCUGAAGCGGCUCCUGUCCCUCGGCCGCCGGAGCAACGCGGAGGAGUCCGCCGAGGAGUGCGUCGACGCCGACCCUCCGCCGCCGCCGCCGGCGCCGCCGCCUUACAAGCCCACAUGGAGGUGCUUCUCCUACGACGAGCUCCACCAGGCCACCGAUGGCUUCCACCAAGACAACAUGGUGGGCAAGGGCGGGUACGGCGAGGUGUACCGCGGCGUCCUGGACGACGGGCGCGCCGUCGCCGUGAAGCGCCUGGCGCCAACGGCCGCGGCGGACGAGAAGAAGGAGAAGGACUUCCUCACGGAGCUGGGCACGGUGGGCCACGUCCGCCACCCCAACGUGUCCGCUCUCCUCGGCUGCUGCGUCGACCGCGGCCUCCACCUCGUCUUCGAGUUCUCCAUCCGCGGCUCCGUCUCCGCCAACCUCCACGACUUGAAGCUGCCGGUGAUGUCGUGGAAGCAGCGGCACGGGAUCGCUGUCGGCACGGCGCGCGGGCUGCGCUACCUCCACAAGGGCUGCGCGCGGCGGAUCAUCCACCGCGACAUCAAGGCGUCCAACAUCCUCCUCACCGCCGACUACGAGCCUCAGAUUUCGGACUUCGGCCUCGCCCGGUGGCUGCCGUCGGAGUGGACGCACCACGCCAUCGCGCCGAUCGAGGGCACGUUCGGGUGCCUGGCGCCCGAGUACUUCACGCACGGCAUCGUGGACGAGAAGACGGACGUGUUCGCCUUCGGCGUCUUCCUCCUCGAGCUCAUCUCCGGCCGGAAGCCGGUGGACGGCUCCCACAUGAGCCUCAUCGCGUGGGCCAAGCCUUACCUGAGCGACGGCGUCGUGCAAGGUCUCGUGGACCCGCGGCUCGGCGACGGCUACGACGCCGGGCAGCUGAGGCGGCUCAUGUUCAUCGCGUCGCUCUGCGUCAGGGCCGCCGCGGCGUGGCGCCCGACCAUGACACAGGUACUGGAGUUAUUAGAGUCCGGUGAGAUUUCUCAAGAUCAAUGGCAGAUGCCCGAGAAAGAGGAGCAAGACGAGUUGUGGGAUUUCGACGAUCUCGACGAUUUCGAUGAAGACGACGACGACGACGACUAUGACAACUACGACGAUGAAUCUGAUUCCCCCUCGAUCUCCUCGUCGGCGUGCAGCAUCCACCCCAAUGAUUAGCCCCAAAAUAUUUGCAUCUGUCAGUAGAUUAAUCAAGCGGGUAUGAUCCUUGCGAUUAUAUCAGUCUGUACAUACACCGCCCCUAGAGAAUAGUAGUCUGAAAAAAACAACCAAAAAAGAAGAAGAUUCAGGCCCAUGGUUUUCA